UCCGCUCUUCCCCGGCGCUGAUUGUCACACAUUGUUUACUACGGCUUGAAAUGUGACUCACAACACAGGCUAUCUUGCUGGAGUACUGCUCUGACAACUGAGGGAUUCUUUUUGACGCGCACCGUGCGUCUUGGUGUUUUUUGGGGACAGGCUGUGGAGACUACCCUUCUGCCAUGACAGUGGAUUUGUUUGCGCUUUUAUGCGUGCUGGUCAUCACAUCUUCUGCGAUGGAAGAGACCGUGAUGGACACUCGGGUGGCCACAGCUGAACUGGGCUGGACAGCAUAUCCUAAUUCUGGGUGGGAGGAGGUGAGUGGCUACGAUGAAAACCUCAACACAAUCAGGACCUACCAGGUGUGUAAUGUCUUCGAGCCCAGUCAAAACAACUGGCUCCUCACCACCUUCAUUGAUCGGCGUGGAGCACAGCGCAUCUAUGUGGAGAUUCGAUUUACUGUGCGUGACUGCAGCUCCAUCCCCAACGUCCCCGGCUCAUGCAAGGAGACGUUUAAUCUCUAUUACUAUGAAACUGACGCUGUCAUUGCCACCAAAGGCACCGCCUUCUGGAUGGAGGCCCCCUACCUCAAGGUGGACACCAUUGCUGCAGAUGAAAGCUUCUCGCAGGUGGACUUUGGCGGACGCCUCAUGAAGGUCAACACGGAAGUGCGGAGCUUCGGCCCGUUGUCUAAAAAUGGCUUCUACCUGGCGUUUCAGGACUAUGGCGCCUGCAUGUCUCUGCUGUCAGUCAGGGUCUUUUAUAAGAAGUGCCCAAGUGUGGUCCAGAACUUUGCAAUCUUUCCAGAGACUAUGACCGGGGCUGAGAGCACCUCCCUUGUAAUUGCAAGAGGAAUCUGCAUCCCCAACUCAGAGGAAGUAGACGUCCCUAUAAAGCUAUACUGCAAUGGAGACGGAGAGUGGAUGGUUCCUAUUGGUAGCUGCACAUGCAAGGCUGGGUUUGAACCUGACAAUGGGAACGUGUGUCGAGCAUGCCCGCCAGGUACCUUCAAGUCAACCCAGGGUCCAGGUCUGUGUCUACAGUGCCCUCCCAACAGCCGCUCCACAGCUGAGGCCGCCACCAUCUGUGUGUGCCGCAACGGUUACUACCGCGGCGAUGCUGAUCAGCCGGAUGAACCCUGCACCAGCGUCCCAUCCAGCCCGAGGAAUGUGAUCUCCAUUGUGAACGAAACCUCUGUGAUCCUGGAGUGGCAUUCUCCCAGAGAGACUGGCGGCCGCGAGGACGUCGUCUACAACAUAGUGUGCAAAAAGUGCCGGGCUGAUCGGCGCUCCUGCUCCCACUGCGACGACAAUGUGGACUUCGUUCCUCGACAGCUGGGUCUGACUGACACCAGGGUGUUCAUCAGCAACCUAUGGGCUCACACCCUCUACAGUUUUGAGAUACAGGCUGUCAAUGGAGUCAGCAAUAAGAGCCCGUACCCUGCCCAGCAUGUCUCGAUAGACAUUACCACCAAUCAGGCUGCUCCCUCCAUAGUACCCAUCAUGCACCAGAUCAGCUCAACCAUGAAUAGCUUCACACUGUCAUGGCCCCAACCAGAACAGCCCAAUGGCAUCAUAUUGGACUAUGAGCUACGCUACUAUGAGAAGGACCAUGCAGAGAUUAACUCCACCAUCCUGCGAAGCCAAACCAACACCGCACGCGUUGAGGCUCUCAGGGCGGGUACAGUCUACGUGGUACAGGUGCGAGCUCGGACUGUGGCUGGCUUUGGCAAAUACAGCAGCAAGAUGUGCUUCCAAACCCUCACAGAUGAUGACUUCAAGUCUGAGCUGAGGGAGCAGCUUCCUCUGAUUGCGGGGUCAGCGGCAGCAGGAGUGGUCUUUAUUGUUUCCCUUGUCGCUAUCUCCAUCGUGUGCAGCAGGAAAAGGGCAUACACCAAGGAGGCGGUAUACAGUGACAAGUUGCAGCAUUACAGCACAGGCAGAGAACUCUCUUUGCGAGCCGACAUGUCUAACUGCCCCUCCCCACUGGGCUGCCCGACCCACUUCUCAGGCUCCCCGGGGAUGAAGAUCUACAUCGAUCCCUUUACCUACGAGGACCCCAACGAAGCCGUGCGAGAAUUCGCCAAGGAGAUUGACGUCUCCACUGUGAAGAUCGAGGAGGUCAUCGGAGCAGGUGAAUUUGGAGAGGUGUACAAGGGCCGGUUGAAGCUUCCUGGUAAGAGGGAAAUCUAUGUCGCCAUCAAGACCCUGAAGGCUGGCUAUGUGGAGAAGCAGAGGCGGGACUUCCUCUCUGAGGCAUCAAUCAUGGGCCAGUUUGACCACCCAAACAUCAUCCGUCUGGAGGGUGUUGUCACCAAGAGCCGCCCUGUUAUGAUCGUCACAGAGUUUAUGGAGAAUGGGGCCCUUGACUCGUUCCUCCGGCAAAAUGAUGGUCAGUUCACGGUGAUCCAGUUGGUGGGGAUGAUGCGUGGCAUCUCAGCUGGGAUGAAAUACCUCUCAGAAAUGAACUACGUCCACCGUGACCUGGCAGCACGAAACAUUCUUGUCAACAGCAACCUGGUGUGUAAAGUGUCCGACUUUGGCCUUUCACGCUACCUACAGGACGACACCUCUGAUCCCAGCUACACCAGCUCUCUGGGUGGGAAGAUCCCAGUGAGGUGGACAGCACCAGAGGCCAUCGCUUACAGAAAGUUCACCUCAGCCAGUGACGUGUGGAGCUACGGCAUUGUCAUGUGGGAAGUGAUGUCAUUUGGAGAGAGGCCUUAUUGGGACAUGUCCAACCAGGAUGUGAUUAACGCCAUUGAACAGGACUACCGUCUGCCACCGCCUAUGGACUGCCCCAGUGCUCUUCAUCAGUUGAUGCUGGACUGUUGGCAGAAGGACCGUAACGUACGACCCCGCUUUACCGACAUCGUCAGCACUCUGGACAAGAUGAUCCGUAACCCCACCAGCCUCAAAGCUGUAGCCAACAUCCCUGCAGUGCCUUCUCAGCCACUGUUAGACAGAUCCAUACCUGACUUCAACACCUUCAGCUCAGUGGAGGACUGGCUCGCUGCCAUCAAGAUGAGCCAGUACAGAGACAACUUCCUCAACUCAGGCUUUACCUCCCUGCAGCUGGUGGCUCAAAUGACCUCAGAGGAUUUGCUGAGAAUAGGAGUGACCCUGGCAGGCCACCAGAAGAAGAUCCUCAGUAAUAUCCAGUCCAUGAGGGUGCAGAUGAGCCAGUCACCCACGACUAUGGCAUGACUACAGGGGGCGCUGUGCCACGGAGCGGGC